AUGUCGGAGAGCCAAUAUGCCUACCGUCAUGGCAGGUCCACUACAGACCUAGUGCGAGAGGUGGUGCGCUGCGUGUUGGGCGCGCGCGAGGCGGGACGCCAUGUAGCCGUUAUCUGUUGCGACCUGUCCCGCGCGUUCGACACGGCAGACCACGCACUCGUCGCCAAGAAGCUGGACCACUACGGCAUCCGGGGCCCAGCCACCAACCUAAUACUCUCAUUCAUGACUGACAGAGCGCAGGCGGUGGUUGGUGACGGGGGGAAAGUUGUAUCCACAGAGCUACAAAAUUUAAUGGGUGUCCCGCAAGGAUCAUGCCUCUCCAAUACCCUGUUCAGCAUUUUGCUGAACGAUUUGCCUAAGGCGAUAAAAGGCGCUGAUAUUUAUAUUCAUGUACGCAGAUGA